AUGGCUGCUGCUGCAGGACUUGCUGGCCAGAUCCAUGGCCUUGAUAACGCUGGCCUCAACAACGUUUUCCGAUUCAGCAUCAACGACAACUCGAGAGACGAAGAACUCGGGAUCGUUUGGACCGACGCCGACGAGUCAAUGGUCAAGGCCAGAGUAGACACGGCCUAUCUUCCAAAGUUUUGGAAGAUGAUGGUCCACAUUUACAAGCGAAGCCCUUCAGACCUCUUCAUGUGGGGACUGCGAAUCGGCGACAAUGAAGACGAGAUCUUAAGAGACCUUUGUGAGAUCUUGCCCCACGAGGUUUGGCAAUCCAACUUGUCACUCCUCAGAUACUGUCUACAGAGGGCAAUAUGUCUUAGAGUCAAGAACCACGCACAGCCCUUUGGUUUCUUCAAGGGCAUGUUCUUGGGACCAAUGCGUGGCCUCGAACAGUGCUUAAGCAAUGUCGAGGCACAUGAGCGCGAUGCGGCACUAGCAGAUGGCGUCUUCAACGCAUGGGUGGCGACUGCACAAGACAUGGAGACAUCAGUUGGAGCGUUCAUGUGGGAGCUCAGCAAUAUCAUCAGAGGGACAGAAGUAAUCGGAACCCUAAACGAGGAGAGGUUCUUCAUUCUACAGAAGAUCGAUAUCCUCAAUAUCCGAAGAGCCCUCGAUGCCCUCCAUGGCAAAGGUCUAUACCCUCUCAGAGUCGACAUGCGGUACGUCACUUACAUACGGUCUUACGCCGGCCAAUGGCCUACAUUUGAGCCAUUUACCAAGGACAUGUUGAAUAUAUGCGAGAAAGUAUCCAUCCUCAACCGACGACGUGCCCGUGCAAUGGGUCUACCAGAUAUUCCUGUAGCCCGACACGAAAUCUACACGCGGAUCCCCUACUGGCUAAGCUCUAAGUGUGAGGAUAAGCGGGUUAAGGAGGUGAUGUUCCAAUACGGCGACUUGUGGACUGUAUAUUCCACGGCACCUAUCCCCGAGCAGCCCGUUCAUGAAGAGGCGGUGGACAACAUGGACAUGGAGAACUCUGAUGACCAUUGA